GCCCGUCUCGGGAGUUAAAACUCGCCGGUCUCCGUCCAGAAGUUGGGGUUUUGUUUUGCUUUUGUUGUUUCAGUUCAUUAUUUAAAUCGGACGGCACGAACUUCCGCAGAAGUUUCCGACCCGUGCUCGGCGGUCCCCGAUGGCUCCGCAGACGGACCAGCUCCUCGUCGUCGUGUCUGUCCUUCAGGGUCGGCAUUUCCCAAAGAGCCAGCGCCUCAGCCUGGUGGUGCAGGCCAAGUUUGAUGGGGAGCAGCUCGCUACGGACCCCGUGGAGCACAGCGACCAGCCUCAGUUCAGCACUGAGCUGGCCUGGGAGCUGGACCGCAGGACUCUGCACCAACACAGAUUGCAGAGGACUCCCAUCAAGCUGCAGUGUUUUGCAAUCGACUCCACCAACCGCGCUAAAGAGUGCGUUGGCUACAUCAUCCUGGACCUCCGGUUGGCACAAGAGGUCAAACAGGAACCGAAGUGGUAUCCCCUACUGAGCAGCAAGUACACCAAACAGCGGCCCGCCAUCCUCCUCGCCGUGGCCCUGGAGAACGACAGCAAGUCCUCGGUGCCCUCUCCUGAUAGGUUCAAAGCCAAGAAGGCCCCACCCCGUCAAGGUUCCCCGGCACUGACGGAUCUGCUCCCGGAGAAGCUGGAGGCUGUGCUGAUCCAGAAUCAAGGUUACCAUCAGAUAGGACCUCCAGACCACUGUACCCAGAUGUUUGUCCUGUCUGUUACUGUGGCCUUCGCCACCAAACUGGAGCAGCUCAUCCCCAGCACUAUAAAGCUGUCUGCAGAGGGGUCAGAGUUCUUCUUCUACUACUCCCUGCUGGGGAAUGACAUCACCAGUGAGCCCUUCCACAGCCUGCUGAGCCCCUCCUUUGAGCCGGAGCGCGCCUCUGUACGCAUCCGCAGCAGCAAGCAGGUCCUCUGCACCUUCCUGGCCCAGCAGCCCAGCUUACAAGUCCACCUGUGUUGCGGGAACCGUUCUCUAGGUGGUGCUGAGGUUCCUCUCUCUCCUCUGUCUGUGAGUUCAGUGGAUCUGGAGAAGCAUGCAGCCACAGUCGAAGGAGUGUUUGCUCUCAAACCUCCUAAAGAAGACCAGCAGAACGUCUCAGCCCUGCCCAGAGAGCUGCAGCCCACCGUGGGAGUUGCUGUUACCCUGAGAAAGGAGGAGUUGGUAGGGAAGCCAGAAGGAGGAGAUGGUCCUCUGACAUCAUCCCAGUCUCCCUGCGCUCCCCCUGCAGAGGAGAGACCCCACACCUCUUCUGCAGUCAUACAGCCCCCCGCCCGGACCCUUGCCUCCUCUCCUCCUCCGCCUCCUCUUGUGCCUCUUCACCGUCCUGCCUCUUCUACAGAGAGCAAGGCAGAGAGCCUUCAUGAGGAGCAGUACCACGGACCAGACCAGGCUGGCCUUGAAAGUCCGGAGGUGGAUGUUCCAGUGGAGAGCUUGGUUCAGGGGGAUGCGGGGGCAGAGGGAUGUCUGUCGUCUGUCAGCGUGUCUGCUCCUAAAGUGGUCAUCCCCUCCUCGGCCCAUCACUUCUGCUUCUCCAUGGACCUCCGCAGCCUGGGCGGCCUCACAUUGAGCCACCUUGUAGCUGUUACACUCAGGUACUCGUAUCAGUUCUUUGGCAGUGCCGCUCCCAUCAUGACCAAUCCUCCAGUGGAGCUCCAGAGGAACAUGGAAGUGUUCAUGCCACAGUCCUACUGCGCCUUCGACUUCGCUGCCCUGCCACAACAACUACAGGACACAUUCCUGAGAGUACCUCUGGUGGUGGAGGUGUGGCAUAGAGACACUAACAGCAAAGACCAGCUGAUAGGAACAGCCUCCGUCCAGCUGUCUCACCUCCUUUCUGCUGAAAAGACCAGGUUCCUGUCUGCUUCAGGGGACCAGAGCUGGAGACAGACUUACCAGGAGACCAUACCUGUCAUCAAACCACACAGUUCCGGUGAGAAGGUAGCAGAGUUGUGUUACGUCACAACCUUAGAGGACCUGGGAUUGGUUAAAACCAAAGAGGUCAUUGUCUCCGACUCUUCACAGAGCAGUCAUCCAGUUCCUCAGCAGAAAGCCUCGCGCCCCCCUGCCCCCGGACCCCCCGGACCCCCCGUGCCUAACCUGCCCCCAGCCAGAGACACCCUGGAGUACCGCAUGGCCUUGGAGCUGGAGCUAUGGAAGGAGGAGCAGGAAGACCUGUUUGAUGACCAGCUGAGAAGAAAGGAGCAGAGCCACAUGCAGGCCCUGGCAGAGGAGUGGAAGAAGAGAGACAGAGAGAGAGAAGCGUUGGUAAAGAAGAAGGAGGUAGAGUAUAAUCUAUUAGAGGAACAGCUCCAGAAGACCCUGUCUGACCUGGAAAAGAGAGAGAGACAGCUUGCCCAGGCUGAGAUAGAGACUCAGAAGCUGCAGAGGGAAUUGAGAGCAGAACACGAGCUCAGCCAGAGAGAACUGAAAGAGAGUAUCCGCAGACUGCAGCAGGACUGUGACCACCGGGUGGCGCUGGAGAGAGACAAAGUCCGUCUGAUGGAGGAGGAGAGAGCAAGAUUACUGCAGCAGAUUGCGGAUGGUGAGUCCCGGUAUAAACAGCUGGAGAAAGAGUUUUCGCUCUACAGGGAACAGCAGAACGUCAGACCUGAGAUCAGAUUACAGUCCGAGAUUAACCUUCUCAGUCUGGAGAAGGUGGAGUUGGAGAGGAAGCUGGAGUCCACCACCAAGUCUAAGCUGCACUACAAACAGCAAUGGGGACGUGCCUUAAAGGAGCUGGCCAGGUUCAAACAGAGGGAGCAGGAGAACGCGAUGACUCGUCUGAAGAAGCAGCAGGCGGAGCUUGAGGCCAUGAGGCUGCGUUACCUAGCAACUGAGGAGAAGGAGGCGGUCCGAACAGAUAGACAGGAACUGGACAGCAUCAAAAAUGAGCUCAACAGGUUGAAACAGCAGGAAGGUCUACUAGGACCCGCCCCCGCCCCCGCCCUUGGCCCCACCUCUUCUCUAAACGAGAGCGCUGACGAGCACCUGAGUCGUCUGUUGGAGGAGAGGGACACGUUACUGAGGACGGGAGUUUACACACACGAGGACCGCAUCAUCGCUGAGCUCAACAGGCAGAUCCAGCAGGCCAUGGCGGGUAGAGGAACACACACGGGGACGUAAAGCGCCAUUUCACGGAGGUCCGAUGGAUCUCGUUUGUGUGGCGUUUGGCGGCAGGGACGGUGAGAAGAUGCAGAAAUUUGCCAAACGUGGCUUAAAACUCACAUUACCUCGUGACUCGUCUUCAGGGCACCUCAUAACGUGGACGGAACAUUAAAACCAGUACUGAGUGCGUUGAGACACAAGGAAGCCACAACCAGCAGCAGCUCCUGAAUGUUGUUUGAAUGAAGCUGUCAGUUCAGUGAGUCAGAAGGAAAAUCAGGAAACUGAAUACUUCGUACAUGGAUCAUAGUGGCAAGGGAAUUUUGGGAUUUUUUUUUUUUUUUCCUGGACAAACUAGAUUUGGUGAGAGGAGCUGGACUUGAAACUGACGGCUGGUACAGGACAUCACUGACCAGCCGGCAGUCUUGCCGCCACUUUGUGUGUUGUGAUUUUCCGAGCCGGUCGGGUUUUGUUGGCUGGUGGACUUUUAUUUAUCUCCCUCCGUUUCCGCCGUACAUACCAGACAUGUACAGCAGCAGCCAGUCGUUUCAGCGUUACCGGCAGAUACGAGUCUGUCGUAAUGAGUCUGUGGUCCUGCGGCUGUGUGUGUCUGUGGCACAACGUUACCACUAACUGUGUGUGGCGGGGGGAGGGGGCAGCAUUACUGUGUGUUUCUUUGUGUGUUUUUCCUAGUUUUUUGCCCCUUUUCUACUACAUGGUACCGGCUCGACCCGACUGGACUCGCAGUGUCGAAUUCCAUCACCAUAGCAGUACCCCUCAGUGUAGCUGGUCUGCACGGAUGUUGGUACCCGCUCCAGUUUUUUCGGAACCUCGACUAAGGUGGUACCAGAAAAGUGGUGACCGUUACCAAAAUGCCGGAACUUUCCAGUAAUGGAAAAUGAAAAAGUCGAGUUGAGCCGGUACCAUGUACUGGAAAGGGGGCAUUCAUGUAUUCUCAUCUUUUCUUCGUCUCCUGCACAUUCCUGAAGCAACGGCGUGGAAGAAAGACACGUCCGUUAUUUUCUAAAUAGAAGCACAACUCAGGACACCGGCGUGUUAUUUCACUUCCUAGUGCCGCCUGUGUGAGACCGCAUGUGGGUUCCUGUUUCAGCGCGCACCGUUUUGAGCUGAUGAACUGUGAAGUGGUUGGAGGACUUGUUCCGACAGGAGGUGGCGCCGUAGCAUCAGGAAAUAGAUUCAGCUCGCCUCCUCACCGCUUGUCUUGUAUUUAUUGUUUUUAGCCUUCAGAUGUUUGGUUGUUAAAGGAGGGUGGAGGGAUUUUGGUUUGUAUUGAAUAAAUUAUUUUGG